AUGAGUGUCACCUCAGCCGCCAUCUCCAAGUCUCAGGCCAGAUCGCAGGGUAACCUGCCUCUGGCCAAAGGGCACCUGCGACAAUUUGAAGAGCUACAGUCUCUGGAGGAAGGGAAGACAGAAUUUGCAUCCAUUUUUGAAGAACGUAAAGAAACCACGAUGAACCAUUCCGAAGGUCUUCAACCACAAGCCAUGCAGGUUUCUUAUAUUCGAGGUGCUGUGACAGCCAGCCUUCCUUCUCUCAUCCUGUUCUGUAUGAUCAGAAUGCUUGAAAUGCAGCCUUGGUCGAAGGGGGAAGGGGCGAAGAACAUGAUGCUUGACAUCCUGUUCCUCUCUACCUUUUUCACCGGCCUCGGUGCGAACGGUUGCCUCGUUGGCUAUCGCACCUUAAUUAAAGGCAGAUAUUUGACAAUCGGCAAACAGGCAUCCCCGGUGGAACUCAUCGAGGCUGGGAAAGCCCUCGCCACCGUGUCCUGGUCUUGUGCGGUGCUUGUUCUUUGGCUUGGCAUGCAGCCUCUCGUCCAUGCCACGCUCCAUGGUACCGGCCGUACCGCCUAG